AUGGCCUCUUUCUUGGGAAGAAAGCGGCGCGAUUUAUGCGGUUUGACGCCUGGCGCUGCCAAAUCGACAAGCUUGCCUAUGGGACGAGGAGAGCACGAAAAUAGCAAGAUGAUGACUGGUUUAGAACAACAUAUGACGAGGCUUAGUGCCUUUUUAUAUAGGGAAUGGGGCAACGACGAGGCAGACGACAAUGACUUGACGUCUAAGGAACAAGGAAAUUGGGAACACGCGUGUCUCUCAGCUGAGCACCGCGAGUAUCAACAAACUGGAAAGAAGAAAAUGCACGGCACGUCUCGGAAAUGUCUUGUGGCCUGCCAUCUUUUUAUCAGCAUUCGGUAA